CUCCGUCUCAGAACAUAUGGUGAUUCUUGGGUUCCCACUCUACAGCGCCAAAGGUAACAAGGCCCUUCGCGCUGGGGUAUGAGGUGCUUAGUCCAGCAGGUCGAUCCAUCAUGGAUGUUCUCAAGAUUUUGUCCCGUGGCGCAAAAAAGACGUCUUCUAGCCAAGCAUUUGAAUUCAAACCUGCUCCCAGGGUGCAGAAUCCCCAGCUGUAUCACGACAAGGGAAUCAAGCGCAAACGAGACGAUCAGGACCUUCAAUUCGGCAGAGCCCACGACGACGCUGAAGACUCAUCUCUAGACUUCUUCGCCUCCCGCGAACCCAAACAAUCCAAGCCUACGGCUCAACCAACCGUAACUGAGGAACAGCCUAAGGAUAUACCCAAGACCGAGCCCUCGCUCCUCGAUGACGAUGAAGUUCGGCAAGUCUUACGAUCGCAUCGUCUCAAGUUUACCCUACUCUCCCACCAUGAGGAUCGGAAGGCAAAAAUUACAAAAUCUAAGAAAAAGAAGAAGGAUGUUUCGACGGUGAAAGCAAAGGACGCGAAAAAGGCUCUCUUUCCUCAACCCCUAGUCUCCUUCACACAACUCCGCGCCACUUGGAAACUAUCGCCUCGAUUGGAAGAUAAUUUAGCCGACCAAGGCUAUCGGAUACCUACAGAGGUGCAACUGGGCUCUCUUCCCGCUCUAAUCCGACCGGGGAGGGCCAUAUCUACCACAGCUGCCGCUGAGUUAGGCAUAGAACCGGAAGAUGGCAUCCACUUUCUUGCUGUAGCACCUACGGGAAGCGGGAAGACCUUGGCCUUCUUGAUCCCUGCCAUCAACGAUGUUUUACGACGAAGGGCUGAGGUUACAAAAGACCGGGUUCUGGAAACCAUCGUCGUGGUACCUACAAGAGAGUUAGCUGAGCAGAUUACUAACGAGGGCCGGAAAUUGACGAAAAAUACGGGAGUCAAGAUUGUCAUGAUGAAGCGAGGUAUGAGGUUACCAGCCGAGGGUCGGAUGGAGAGUGAAGACAAUGAGGUUUCCAACUCGGAAAGCGAAGAAAGCAGCGAUAGCUCCGAUGGUAGCGACUCCGAUGAGAAUGAUCAAGCAAAGGAGACAACUCUUACAAGAGCUGAUAUUCUUAUCACUACGCCCUUGUUACUAGGAAACUUUUUAAAGUCACGGACGCUGCCGACCGUUCGAUCAUUGAUCCUCGAUGAGGGGGAUGUUCUACUGGAACAGCGGUUCCUAGAGCAAACUCUACAAAUCUGGUCGGCUUGUAUUAAUCCUUCUCUGCGGUUGAGGUGUUUCUCGGCAACAAUGGGAGCACAUAUUGAAGAAUUGAUAUCGAAUCAAUUGAGCAAGCGUGACAGGGAUAAUCGCGUAGUCCCUCUUGUACGUCUUGUCGUAGGGUUGAAGGAUACGGCUGUCCCGAGUAUCGGCCACAAACUAGUCUAUUGUGCCACCGAGCAAGGAAAACUCUUCGCUUUACGACAAAUCCUUCAUCCCCAGUCAUCGAGUGCCUCAGUACCAGAUAUGAACCUUCCGAUCCUCGUAUUUACGCAGACCAUCGAACGUGCUACAGCUCUUCAUAAUGAGCUCAAAUUCGAUUUCCCUGUCGAAGCAGGUGGACCUUCUCGUAUAGCUGCGCUUCACUCUUCACUCUCUGACUCCGCUCGCUCGGAUAUCGUACGCAGGUUCCGGUCUGGCGAGAUUUGGGCUUUGGUAACCACGGACCUGCUCAUGAGAGGUUUAGAUUUCAGGGGUGUGUCCGGAGUCGUAAACUAUGAUGUGCCCACUUCUGCGGCUGCCUAUGUUCAUCGAGUUGGACGGACGGGACGAGCAGGACAGCCAGGCAUCGCAUGCACAUUCUACACCAACGACGACAUCCCUUAUCUGAAGAGCAUCGCAAAUGUUAUCUCCCAAAGCGAGAAGCAAGCUGGUAAGACCGAUGAUGGCGGAGUCCCCAAGUGGCUUCUCGAGUCACUACCUAAGAUCAGUAAAGAGGAGAAGAAGAAGCUCAAGCAACGUGGUAUCGAGUCGCGACGUGGCAAUGCGAACAAGAUCACCACCAAGAGCGCAUGGGAGAGGCGGAAGGAAAAUAACCGGCGUGAGGCUAUCGCUAGUAGUAAAAAAAGAAAGCUAGAGGGACCUAAUGAUGAUACCCAAGACCAAAAGAGCAUGGAUGAGGAGUGGGGUGGCUUGGACGAUUGAUUGUUUAGAGCUUAUGAAGGAUGGUUGAGUUCUCUAUCAAGCCUCAUGGAUUUAUAUCGAAAUGAAUAAGUACCUCCAAUGGCCGUUGCAAGCUUCUCACUUCAGCACCAUCAGCGCUUCUUCCGUGUUACGUGAGCUACAAGAACACAAAUCAAAGUAUGUCAACGUGCAAUGUCGAUGUUCUUAGGGUGCAUGGCUAUGACGACUACCUAGAUCUUUGAGGGUUUGCAGCAGCCUUGCGUUAUGCAAACAACAUUUUGACUAGUGGAGUUUUUAAUGGACGACGACAAUCUCCCUCAAAAGUGUCUAGCGCCGGCGCGCUAAUAACUCUGCACUGAGCAUAGAUUACUGGGCUUUCUGAAACGAUAUACAAUCACAUUAAGAUAAUUGAGAAGUAAGGUGAAGUACAAUUUAUCACGUGAUGGUUCAUAUUUUGGCGCCUUCGGUACAACCUAGGAAUGUAUUGAAGACAUCUCCUCGAGACACUGGGGGGAUAUC